AUGGGACUGGCACUGCACUCGCCGCGCAGCCUACUGGGAGCUGUAGUCCACGCCGCCCCCCCACGCCUGUCGCGCACGCACGGCGGGAACGACAACUCCCAGCAUGCCGCGAGCCUCAGCGCGAUGAUUGACUACGCGGCUUUUUCUGCUGCACAUCUCCGACUGGUUGGUGUCGCUAGACGUUGCAUUUAUCUACUAAACCAUUCCAAAAUGGCAACUAUUGCAGAGCUGGAAGAGGUGAUCCAGCAGCUUCGGCAGCAACUGCAGGAAUCGGAAAGUGAGAGGAUGAAAGCAGCUCAGUAUGGGCUGGAGCUGCUGAAAAAUGAGGCUGAGUUAGACAACAAAUUGACAGAAACAACAAAUGAAUUUGCUGCUGCUAGGGAGCUUCUGGAGCAAGAGAAGUAUUCAUUGCAGCGGGAGGUUGAGCUGAAGAACCGUAUGUUAGAAAGUCUGAGUUCAGAUAUUGAGAGCAUCAAACAGCAACAGAAAACACAGCUAAGUCAACAACUGGAACAAGUGGAGAGAAUUCAUGCUCGUGAAAUUAAUGAGUUGAAGAGCAAGUUGGAAAAGCAGAAGUCUGAACUGGAUGAAGCACAGCUCUGUGAGAAACAACUGAUGCACAAACUGGAUCAUCAGAAGGAAUUACUUAGUGCUAAGUCUGAAGAAUUGCGGGUUCUAUCUGAGCGUGCACAAGAAACGAUGUCCUCAGAAAUGAUGAGCCUUCAAGUGGAGAACAUGGAACUCUGAAGCUGCAAAGGUAGGAAUAGGAUUUUUAUAAAAUUGCAAGAAGAUUUUAAUGAAAUGAUAUACCAUCAAGAACAGUUGGAACUAGCUAAUAAUAAUCUUCAGCGUCAGAUUGAACGACUGCAAGAGGAGAAAGAGGAACAAGAGAAAGAAACAGUUUCAUACUGCAAUGCGUUGGAGAAAGCACGAGAGGCUAACCAGGAUCUCCAGAUCCAGUUGGACCAAGCUCUACAAGAGGCUCGUGAUCCCAACAGUAGAGGGAAUUCGCUGUUUCUUGAGGUGGAAGAUCGUAGUGGCAAUGAUGGAGAGACAGCUUAUUGUUUUGAGAGUCCAGUACCAGGUCCCUGCAGAAACAGCAUGCAAUUUUCUACGUCAACAGCUGCACAGAAUGAAGGCAAGUCUGCAGAAGACACAAAAAUUGGUGGUACUGAUGAUGGCAAGGAGGGUAGUCUUCAGCUACAGAACGACAUUGACAGGAAAGAAAAUAAGACAGUGAAUGAUGAGCUCUCUUUACAACGCAUGAAGGCUCUUGCAGAGAGUCAGCUCUUAGAAGUUGAACGUAAAUUUUAUGCCAAUGAGAGACAGUUGAAACAAUAUCAGAGCGAAAACAUGAAGCUUCGGAGUAAACUGGAUGAGAUGAGGCUUAAAUACGAACCUGAAGGUAUCUUUUGUGAACUUAUAAAUUUGAAUUUUAAAAAACCCAGCAGUAAGAACAGGAUAGUUAUCCCCAGUCCACUGGACAACAAUUACCUCUCAGUUAAUGUCACUAAAGCAACUUAUGUGAUGAUUAGCACAUUAGUGUUUAUGGCAACUUGUUGUGCAUGA